AUGCUCGGCGAAAUCUAUUACCACGAAGAUUCAAUCGGAACCCCUAUUCUCUCCAUUUUUUACGCCAUCGCUCUCCUUGGCGCCGCCUUAGGUCAGCUCUUAGUCGGCUACUUAGGCGACCGACUAGGACGCAGACGUGUCUACGGUAUAUGUCUCAUGAUCAUGGUCUUAAGCUCCUUUGGCUGCGGAUUCUCCGUCUGCACAAGUCGCCGAUCUUGCGUAAUGGCGAGUCUUGGCUUCUUUAGAUUCGUACUAGGGCUCGGGAUCGGUGGAGAUUACCCUCUCUCCGCCACCAUCAUGUCGGAGUUCGCUAAUAAAAAGACGCGUGGGACUUUUAUCUCCGCCGUGUUCUCCAUGCAGGGGCUAGGCAUCUUGAUGAGCUCCACCGUUACGAUGGCUGUAUGUGCGGCGUUUAAGAAUGCCGGAAAAGGUAGUUCGGAGAAAACGAAAGCGGCGGAAGCGGAUAUUGCUUGGAGGUUGAUUCUGAUGAUCGGUGCUAUUCCCGCCGCCUUAACGUUUUACUGGCGAAUGCGUAUGCCUGAAACCGCCAGGUUAGUUCAAUAAUCUAAUCUUUUGUUUUUUAUAUGUAUAAUAUAUUAAUAUAUGUAAUAUAUAUAGCACUCAAAAACUAAAAUGACAAAAAUAGCAUUUUAUCUUUUGAAAAAUUUAAAUUUUUUUAUUUUUCAAAAUUUGAAAUCUUAUCCCCAAAACCUCACUUCUCAACUCUAAACCCUAAAACCUAAAUUCUAAAUCCUAAACCCUAAAUUAUAAACCUUAAACCCCACCCCUUAAGUGCUAUUUUUGUGACUUUUGGCCUUGAAUGCUAGUUUGGGAACAAAAACUUGAUUUAGUGCUAUUUUGAUAUUUUUCUCUAUAUUAAUUGUUGUCAAAGAGUAAUUCUUGGG